GGUUUAAAAGAUAAUUGUUUGAUUCUUAUAGGAUGGAAAAAAAUUUGAUUCCGCUAUCUCAAAGUUAUUCUUUUUGUAUAAAAAGUGUAUCAAACUGUUUAGUGCGUACAUCCGGUAUUAAAGUGCUUCCUUUUUUAUCUGUCUACUUACGUCAUUUAUUUUAUGUUUUGUACGUAUAUAUUACAUUAUUUUUAUUGUUUUUGUAUUUACAUUUAACAACCCUUUUAUACAAAUGCAAUUGUGAUGAACUUUUUGGUAGAACGCCAGAAAUAACGAUAGCUGUUCAAUUAAUGCAUCGAAGCCUUGCGAAAACGGCCUGCAAAUAUCUAAAAUGUGGCAAACAACCAUGUAAGGCUCCCAUAGCCGUUCUGCCGUGGACAGAGACCUUGAUCGCAACCAAACCAAGUCCUUUGUGCGUUCAAAGGAAUCCAUAUGUUCGGCAGAUAGACAUAGAAGGCCAAGAAGACUGCCUUUAUCUAAACAUCUACACUCCCCAUACCAACAAUGAUUUGUUGCCAGAAAAGAAUCUACUCCCUGUAAUGGUGUGGUUCCACGGUGGUGGAUGGAUGUGUGGCGGUAGUGUCAUGUACGGCCCUGACUACCUUCUAGAUCGCGACAUUGUUCUUGUCACCACUAAUUAUAGACUGGGUCCUCUAGGUUUCUUGUCUACUCAAGAUGAACACUGCCCCGGCAAUAACGGUCUCAAAGAUCAACAAGAAGCGCUAAGAUUUGUUCAGAAGGUCAUUCAUAGUUUUGGAGGAAACAAAAACUCUGUGACCAUUUUCGGGGAGAGCGCCGGAGGGGCUAGUGUUCACUAUCAUAUGAUGUCUGAAACUAGCGCUGGAUUAUUUCACAAAGCAAUAUCGGAGUCUGGCACAGCGUUGGUUCCAUGGGCGGAAGCACCUCCAGGCGAGGCGCUGCGCAAUACGUUCCGUCUGGCCAAGCUAUUGGACUGCCCCCAGGCGCCUUCAGACAAGAUGCUAACUUGUCUACGCGCUAGAAACAGUUAUGAUAUAAUCAACACGGAGUAUCGCUUUUAUGUGUGGGAUUACGAACCUUUGACUCCAUUCAAAGCUGUGGUCGAGCCCGACUUGUCUGGAGCCUUUUUAACUAAGAACCCAAGACACCCGACUCCACCAUCAGUUCCAUGGUUAACCGGACUUACCAGAGAUGAAGGAUGUGUCAAAUCUGUCUGGAUAACUUCAAAUACAACAAGAUUGAAGGAGUUCAUGGCAGGGUUCGACACUAUAGCUCCCGUGACUUUUUACUACGAGAACUCUCCUUACGCGGACGUCAUUACCAAGAGAAUUAGAAAUAAAUACCUGAAGGGUCUCUCACCAGAAGAAAUUAAAUCUGGUAUACUCGAUAUUUACACAGAUUCAAAUUUUGCAUACCCAUUGAUAGAGGCUGUAGAAUUGGCAUUAAAUUACACAAGAAAACCAGUAUUUCUGUACGAAUUAACGUACAAAGCAUCGAACAGUUUUACUGCAAUAUUUGGAGAUCCCGAAGAGAACAGUUACGUGUGUCACGCUGAUGAUCUUUUGCAUUUGUUUCCCAUCGUCUUCCAUCGUGACCCCACAACGAAAGAUCUGGAGAUCAGCAAACUUAUUAUCACUAUGUGGACCAAUUUUGCCGUAAGCGGGAAUCCAAAUAAACCCGAGAAAUUGCCAGCCGUAUGGGAAAGAGCCACCAGUUCACAAAAUAUGGAAUAUUUUGAGAUAGGGGACGACCUGGUAAUGAAAGGCGACUUAGCCUCUCGAUCGCGAUUCUGGAGCACGCUGCCCUUGUGGCAUAACAUCCGCAGUCGUACUUUCGUGGACGAACUAUGACCAUAUUUUUCAAUAACAUACAAAAUAAGUAUACUACUUCGUCUGUUCAUGAGUUUUAAGACAAAGUAAUAGUUACAUAAAAAUUUAAAGAAAUAAAUAUAUUUUUAAAAUUCUGAGAUAAUGAUUAAUAGACACUAACCAACAACUACCAGCAAUCAUUACUCAAAUGACCGCCUCCAUUCCUAAUACAAGCUCUUAGACGUUCUGGCUAAUCUUGAGUCGUUGCACGAAAUUUCUCCAGUAGGAUUCGGUUCGCUUCUUUGGUGAGGACCCACUCUGCCAAAAGUCCUACGCGAAUCCAAAUUUGGGUAAGACUUUUGGCAGACCUUGAGCUCCAAUUCAGUCCAUAGACUAUUCUCAUGUGGGUUAUGAUCAGGACUGGAGGGUGGCCAUUCUUCCGCCGCGAUGAAGCCCGGCAAAUUUCUCUUUCCUAUGCUGUUUGAGUCGUUUUAGCCUUAGGGGCCGGUGCUGAGUCUUGCUGGAAAAUCCAUUCUUUGUUGUGAAAUAGUAUUAGAUAGGGAUUUCACCACAGUCUCUAAAAUAUCACUUUGAUAAUUUUUUGGUUUCAUCUUAACGUCUUGUUGGCAAAAAUGGAGCCGAGUUACACCUUCAUACGAAACGUUCACACUAUGCCAUCACACUCACAUGAUGGGUACGCGAAGCAUAAAAUUUGUAGUUUCGUCUGUAAAACUUUUCUUCGACCGUGAAAAUUUUUUCGUCGGUGAAGCGCAUCUUUUUCGUAUCGUGUCUCCUAAGCAGCAUCGGGCAACGUUGGCGUCGUAAUUUACGAAGGCGAUCAUUUAGGAAGUGAACUUUUCUACGACUCUACGAUUGCCUUUAACUUGGGAUCGUAUUUCAGUAUUCUAUUGACACUCGAAAUGUUAGACUGCAAAUCUGAUUAUUUUGAUGUUCGCAGUUGUCCUUACAGACCGCGGGCGACAGAUUCCCUGAAAGAUUUUUCAAGGAAUCAGGCACCUUGUAACAUAUUAUGGUGUAAUAUACAAAAUUGCGGCUUACCCCAAAACGUUUUAUGUCACGCAAAACCUCCACGGAAAAUCGCUAUGUGUAGCGAAAUUACAGUCGCACGAUACUGUUUUGUUCCUCACGUGAUAACACACAUCACGAGAAAAAUGAUAGAAAUUAAUUUGAAAACCUACAAAUAGAACACAAACAGUCCAAAUCCAAAAUUAAAAAAAAAAAAGUAUUAAAAAGCUGCCAGUAUUUUUUUGUUUUAUUUUUAAAGUCAAAGUUUGUCUCAAAACUUAUGAAUAUUUCAUUACUUCGAACAUUUCAUGCUUACACAUCACAGACCACAUAAACAUACUGGGAUGAUCUAUACACAUACAUACAUACGUACAUUAAAGUUAAGCAAAACAUGUUACACUAGCUGUCCACCAAGAACCAACCUUCAUAAACUGUUUUGAUUCUAUCGAGUUUUUGUCGUUCAUCAUCUCACAAAAAUGUCAAUCGUCA